AAUAAAAGGCCGGAUUUGCCGAGGCUUUAAAUAUGGCUCGAGUUGUCACAAGCCCUCAUAUCCUGCCCUGUAGCCUCCUCGAUCGCUUCGGUGUUUGGUUGCUGUGGUUCCGAGAGCAUCCGAAAAUGGCGAGUCCCCUGGAGAAGGCCCUGGAGGUGAUGGUCACAACUUUCCACAACUACUCCGGCAAGGAAGGAGACAAGUACAAGCUGAACAAGGCAGAGCUGAAAGAGCUUCUCCUGAAGGAGCUGCCUGGGUUCCUCGGGAAAAAGAAGGACGAGGCGAGUUUCCAGAGGAUCAUGAGCAACUUAGACAACAACAAAGACAACGAGGUGGACUUCCAAGAGUACGCCGUCUUCCUGGCCUGCGUGGCCAUGAUGUGCAACGAUUUCUUCCAGGGCUACCCCGACAAGAUGCCGAGGAGCAAGUGAUCCGAGGGGUGGGGCAGAAUCAAGGGCAAUUGUGGUGUCUGUGCAGGCCGGAGACCGGAGAGCUCAGCCUCGCGCCUGUUCUCUCCUUCUCCCUCACAAAGGCUCCGUCAACAAUGCCUCUCUGAUCUGGAGGCUCCACGCCUCUUUCUCUUUCCACAAUAAAGUUUGCUUUAAAACUU